AUGACUUGGUGGGCUUUCUUGCUCGCCGUGUUCAUCUCCUUCGUCUUCUCCCUCCCGAUCGGCAUCAUCCAGGCGGUUACCAACAAUCAGAUUGGCCUGAACGUGCUCACCGAAUUCAUCUAUGGGUACAUCCAGCCGGGCCGACCGCUGGCGCUCAUGAUCUUCAAAACCUUUGGUUACAUCACCAUGUCACAAGCCCUGACCUUUGUCUCGGACCUCAAAUUCGGGCACUACAUGAAGAUCCCGCCGCGCACCAUGUUCAUGGCUCAGGUCGUCGCUACCACCUUCUCCUGUUUUGUGCAGGUUGUCGUGCUCAACUACGCGCUCAAGAACAUCCCCGGCGUGUGCGAGCCCACUCAGCCGGACCACUUUACUUGCCCCGGCGGCCGUGUUUUCUUUUCCGCCUCGGUGAUAUGGGGCCUCAUCGGCCCGGCCCGCAUCUUCUCUCCGGGCCAGAUCUACUCUUCCCUGUUCCUCUUCUUCAUCCUCGGCGCCGUGACCCCCCUCGUAAUCUACCUCCUGGCUAGGCGCCGGCCCAAGUCCUUCCUACGCUACCUCAUGGCCCCCGUCAUCUUCGGGGGUGCCGGUGCCAUCCCCCCCGCCACCCCGCUCAACUACCUGUCCUGGGGCAUCGUCGGUUUCGUGUUCCAGUUCCUCAUCAAGAAACGCCACUUUGCCUGGUGGAGCCGCCUCAACUUCCUGACCAGCUCGGGUCUGGAUCUGGGCUUGGCUCUGAGCACCCUGGUGAUCUUCUUUGCAUUCACGCUUAGGGAGGUGGAGCCGCCGCAGUGGUGGGGAAAUGAGGUGGUCAAGAGCACUAUGGAUUAUAGGGGCGAUGCGGUCCAGGUAGUGCUGGGGGCUGGGGAGACCUUUGGGCCGGCUUCGUGGGGGUAG